CGCCGCCCAGUGGGCUGGUCUGCUGGGGCGGCCUCGGGAGCGCGCGGGUACCGGACCCAGGAGCUGGCGAGGCGCGCGCCCGUGGGGGAGGGGCGGGGAGCAGAACGUCGUCACCCGCCCCACGCGCUCCAGAACCAUGAGCUCACACAGCUCCGCCGCCUCCAGAGGCAGUGGCAGCGGGAGGGGCUGCGAGGCGGAGCCUGCGCCUGGAGCCGGGGGAACAGCUUCCCACAUCUCGGACCCCGACUCCAACUUGGGCGCGGUCACAUCCUCCGCCUCCGGGUCAAGCAGCGGUUCUGAGUGGCGGACCUUCUCCAGUCCGUUUUCCAGCUUCCUGUCGAACGUUUCCAUACCGGACCCCGGUUACGAGAAGAGCUCCGGCGCGCCCGCCCAACUCCGCUCCACUCCCGGCUCCAGGACCAACACAGACUCUAGGAUUGGCCUCUGGGGCUUCGGCGCCCACGGCCUGAACCACCAGAUCCCCAUGUCUGCCACCCGCCAGAGCACCGCCGAUGGGGCCGCGCCAGCUUCCACCCCUGACGCAGGCCACCCCCGGGUACCGGUACAAAGACCUGCCUCGCUCUCAGGUCCCCCUCUAGCGUCGGUAUCUGAGUCCACCCCGCCCGCAGUGCUCGUCUAUUCCCGAGAAUCAGUACCAGAACGUCCUACAUCCACGACCUCUACCCAAGAAUCAGGGCAAGGGUUUGUCCUGCCCUUCUCGCCCGGCUUCCUCAGGUUACCGAUUCCAGAACCUCUUACACCCAAUAACACUCCCGAGGUGUCAGCACUCGGGCUCGCCCCGCCCUCAGUGAUCGGCUCUUCUUGGAGUUCGGUGCCUGGGCCUCCCGUACCCAAUAACUCCCCGCUACUGUCAUUGCAAGGAUCCUAUCAGUUCUCAGGACCCGGCUCUCCCCGACUGUCAGUAGACGCAUCUGUUGUGCUCUCGGAGUCCUCCCGAGUGUCGGUGCAAGGGUCGCCCCCGCCCUCAGUGCUCAGUACCCCCCGGAGUUCACUGCCGGGAUCUGGACCGCUCUUGGACUCCUCUCGAGUGUCGCUGCAAGGGUCCGCCCCGCCCUCCAAGCUCAGCUCCCUCGCGACUCCGCAGCAAGGAUCCGCCCAGCUCUCCGAGUCCACCCCGCCCUCAGUGCCCGGCUCCCCUCGGGAUUCGGUACAAGGACCUCUUACGCCCAGGAACACCUCCCGAGGGUCGGCACAAGGGUCCACCCAGCCCUCCGUGCCCGGCUCUCCCCGGGAUUCGGUACGAGGACGUCUUACGCCCAGGAACACCUCCCGAGGGUCGGCACAAGGGUCCACCCAGCCCUCCGUGCCCGGCUCCCCCCGGGAUUCAGUACAAGGACCCCUUACGCCCAGGAACACCUCCCGAGGGUCGGCACAAGGGUCCACCCAGCCCUCCGUGCCCGGCUCCCCCCGGGAUUCGGUACAAGGACCUCUUCCACCCAGAAACAACCCCGGAGGGUCGGCACAAGGGUCCACCCAGCCCUCCGUGCCCGGCUCCCCCCGGGAUUCGGUACAAGGACUUCUUACGCCCAGGAACGCCUCCCGAGGGUCGGCACAAGGGUCCACCCGGCCCUCAGUGCCAGGUGCCCCCCGAACAUCCGCGGAAGGAUCGGCUCCGCCCCCGGGCUCCACUGACGGAGCAGUGCAAGGGGCUGCUCCGCCCUCAGUGCCGGGCUCUGCACGAGUGUCGGUGGAAGAAUCGGCUCCGCCCCCGGACUCCCCCCGAGAGUCGGUAGAAGGGCCCGCCCCGCCCUUGGCCCGUUCCACUCCUAUACCUACGCCCCGGGAGAGUCUCAGCCAGGGCAUGGAGAGUGAGGAGAAGUCGAGUAACGCGGGCCACAUGUUCGACGUAGUCGUGAUAGGAGCCGGCAUCUCAGGAUUGUCUGCUGCCAAACUCUUAGCUGAACAUGACAUUAACGUUUUGGUUUUAGAAGCACGGGACAGAGUUGGAGGGAGAACAUACACCGUGAGGAAUGAACAUGUCAAUUACGUAGAUGUUGGCGGGGCUUAUGUGGGACCAACCCAGAACAGAAUCUUACGUUUAUCCAAGGAGCUGGGUCUAGAGACUUACAAAGUGAACGUAAAUGAACGUCUUGUACAAUAUGUCAAGGGGAGAACUUAUCCAUUUCGGGGGGCCUUUCCACCGGUAUGGAAUCCCAUUGCCUAUUUGGAUUACAACAAUUUGUGGAGGACAAUGGAUAACAUGGGAAAGGAGAUUCCAGCGGAUGCACCGUGGGAGGCCCCACAUGCUGAAGAGUGGGACAAGAUGACCAUGAAAGAUCUCAUCGAUAAAAUCUGCUGGACAAAGACUGCUAGGCAGUUUGCAUCGCUCUUUGUGAACAUCAAUGUGACCUCUGAGCCCUACGAGGUGUCUGCGCUGUGGUUCUUGUGGUACGUGAAGCAGUGCGGAGGCACUACUCGGAUAUUCUCAGUCACCAACGGGGGCCAGGAACGGAAAUUUGUGGGUGGAUCAGGUCAAGUGAGUGAACGGAUAAUGGAACGCCUCGGGGACAGAGUGAAGCUGAGGUGCCCUGUCACCUAUGUGGACCAGUCAGGUGACAACAUCAUCAUCGAGACGCUGAAUCAUGAAACUUACGAGUGUGGAUACGUAAUUAGUGCCAUCCCGCCAACUUUGACUGCCAAGAUCCACUUUAGACCUGAACUUCCAUCGGAGAGAAACCAAUUAAUCCAACGUCUUCCGAUGGGAGCCAUCAUUAAGUGCAUGAUGUAUUACAAGGAGGCCUUUUGGAAGAAGAAGGAUUACUGUGGUUGUAUGAUCAUUGAGGAUGAGGAAGCUCCAAUUUCAAUAACCCUGGACGACACCAAACCAGAUGGAUCGCUGCCCGCUAUCAUGGGUUUCAUACUUGCCCGAAAAGCUGACCGACUCGCCAAGCUCCAUAAGGAAAUCAGGAAGAAGAAGAUCUGUGAGCUCUAUGCCAAAGUAUUAGGAUCCCAAGAAGCUUUACAACCGGUGCAUUACGAAGAGAAGAACUGGUGCGAGGAACAGUACUCCGGGGGCUGCUACACUGCCUACUUCCCCCCCGGGAUCAUGACGCAUUAUGGCAGGGUCAUUCGCCAACCGGUUGGCAGGAUUUACUUUGCUGGCACAGAGACAGCCACACACUGGAGCGGUUACAUGGAAGGGGCAGUAGAGGCCGGUGAACGGGCAGCUAGAGAGGUCUUGAAUGCUUUGGGGAAGGUGGCCAAAAAAGACAUAAGAGUCCAGGAACCUGAAUCAAAGGAUGUUCCAGCUAUGGAGAUCACCCACACCUUCUGGGAGAGGAAUCUCCCUUCCGUGGCAGGCCUGCUGAAGAUCAUUGGCUUCUCCACAUCAGUCACCGCCCUAUGGAUUGUGGCGUACAAAUUCAGGCUGCUGACACGAUCUUGAGGUUUCGGCCUCACACUUUCUGCUUACUCUUUUCCCAGCAUCAUCAAAAGCAAAAUGUUGGCAAAGGCCGUAUCAUUGGACCAUCUUUAAAUGCACUGGUUUUCACCCAUAAGUUUAGUCUCAGUUGGUGUCAACGUAAAAACCACCCAAAGAAUCACCUCGUUAAUUUCAGUAAGAUCAGAGCUCCAUCACAUUCUUUGCCUUGUGUCAACUAACUUGUGUUGGCUGGUAGAAUAAAACCUUGUGACCAGCUCCCUAAUUUCAAGAUAUGUGAUUGAAAUGCUGAUGAGAAACAA